CUGGUUCGUUAAUUUUGAUCAUCUCAUCUCAUCUCAAACACCCUUUUCAACUGGCCUGAACUGAAACACCCGCCACCUUCUAGUCUUCCACAGUUUUUGUAUUAAUUACAACUCGUGGAGGAUUAUUUCUUCAUGUUCCCAAACCUCAAUCACCAUGAACGGCACUACCAACAUCAAACUCCUGAGGAGAUCACUUUGCAGCACCACUGCCCAUUUCAAACAACAACCUCUCAUCCCACCCUUCACUUCUCUGCAAUGUGGAGCCAUUCUUCAGUCUCUCACCAACACCAAGUCUCUCCCCAAAGGCCAGAAACUCCACGCCCUCAUGCUCACUUGUGGGAAUCUUCUACGUAACACCUAUCUCAGCUCCAAGCUCGCUUCUUUUUACGCCAGUUGCGGUAAUAUGGGCCAAGCCCACCUGGUUUUUGACGGCGUUGUGGUUAAAAAUUCCUUCUUGUGGAAUUUCAUGAUUAGGGGUUACGCUUGCAAUGGGUUUGCGUUGGAUUCGAUUGUAUUGUACCGUGAAAUGAUUGGUCUUGGGAUAAAGGGGGAUAAUUUCACGUACCCUUUUGUUCUUAAAGCGUGUGGUGAUGCGUUGGCUGUGGAAAUUGGGAGGAGGGUUCAUGGUGAGGUUGUGGUUAGUGGGUUUGAGUCGAAUGUUUAUGUGGGUAAUGCUCUUGUUGCAAUGUACUCAAAGUUUGGGGAUAUGGGAUAUGCGUAUGAGGUGUUCGAUAGAAUGCCUGAGAGAGAUUUGACAUCCUGGAACACUAUGGUUUCGGGUUAUGUGAAGAAUGGUAAUCCGAGAGAGGCUUUAGCAGUGUUUGAGAAAAUGGGGAAGUUUGGAUUAAGGACUGAUGAGACAACUUUGCUGGGAAUUGUUUCGGCUUGUGGUGAGUUGACGGCAUUGAAGCAGGGGAAGGCAAUUCAUGCGUGUGUGGUGAGGAAAAGUGGUGAAGUAUGGAAUGAGUUUUUGACAAAUUCUCUUAUUGAAAUGUAUUGUAAGUGCAAGUGUGUCGCUUAUUCGAGGCGGUUAUUUGAUGGGGCGGAAGUGAAAGAUACCGUUUCAUGGAAUUCUAUGAUUAGAGGUUAUGAGAGGAAUGGCGAUGCAUUUGAAAGUUUAAGGCUUUUCUGUCGAAUGGUUAUGGAAGGUGCAGAGGUUGAUGAAGUAACAAUUGUGACUAUGCUUACUUGUUGUGACCAGAUCAGCGCCUUGCAAUUUGGCAUGUCUGUUCAUUCAUACCUUGUUAAGAAAGGGUUUGGUGCAAAUGUCAUAGUGGGAACUGCUCUUAUAGACAUGUAUUCUAAAUGUGGAAGUUUGUCUUGUUCGCGUCGUUUUUUUGAUGACAUGCCUAGAAAAAAUUUGGUUUCUUGGAGUGCUAUGAUUUCAGGAUAUGGAGCUCAUGGGAGGGGAGAAGAGGCCAUCUCCUGUUAUCAUGAACUCAUAGCAAACAAGUUUAGUCCUGAUGAGGGGGUCCUUACUUCUGUUUUGUCAGCAUGUAGCCAUGCAGGCCUAGUCAAUGAGGGUAAAGAUAUGUUUAAUAGAAUGACCCGAGAAUACAAAGUGAAGCCAACAGUUGCGCACUAUUCAUGUAUGGUGGAUCUUCUCGGCAGAGCAGGGCGCUUAGAUGAAGCAUAUGAACUCAUUAAGACUAUUGAAGUAGAACCCAGCAGUGAUAUAUGGGCUGCACUUCUCUCUGGUUGCAGGCUAUAUCCAAAUGUCAAGCUGGCGGAGAUUUCAGCACAGAAGAUUUUCGAAAUGAACCCAGAGGGAGUGGGUAGUUACAUUUGUCUUUCCAAUAUCUAUGCCGCUGAGAAGCGAUGGGAUGAUGUGGAAAGAGUGAGAGCCAUGGUGAGAAAGAAGGGACUGAAGAAACCACCUGGCUGCACUUUUGUGGAGUUAGACAAGAUGGUUCAUCGGUUCUUAGUUGGGGAUAAGUCGCACCCACAAACAGAGGAUAUUUAUGCCAAGUUAAAAGACUUGAACCUGCGACUCAGGGAGGUUGGAUACAAGCCUGAUACCACUUCUGUGUUGUAUGAUGUAGAAGAAGAAAUGAAGGAGAAGAUGCUUUGGGAUCAUAGUGAAAGAUUGGCAAUUGCAUUUGCCCUUAUUAACACAAGACCAGGGACCACAAUCAGGAUCACCAAGAAUCUUCGUAUCUGUGUUGAUUGCCACACAGUAACGAAAAUGAUUUCUAAAUUCACGGCUCGAGAGAUUAUAAUGCGAGAUAACCAUAGGUUCCACCAUUUUAGAGAUGGAUUUUGCUCUUGUGGUGAUUAUUGGUGACUAAUCUUUCUUCAUAAAAUAUUUGUACAUUCCUUGCUUUGGAAAUAGAGAUUCUUUUAUUCAGAGAGUAGUCAUCUGAAAUUGUUUUGGCAUUGCUACAUUAUGCCAAUUUAUUGGUUAUCCAGAUCCAACAACUUAUUCAUGGAUGGUUGCUUCUUUUCCGACUUGGCUGGUUAUAUCACUUAAAUAGAGAAAAGAUUUUGCUUAUCAAAUAAGAAAGCAGACCACCACCACUAGUGACACUCAUAUCUGUUUCUUUAUCCCACGGGAAUGGCUCCACUGGUUUUGUUGCAUCCAGAAGAUCUUCAGUUGAGAACUUUGGUUUUGAACGUUCCAAGGGACCUAGGCGGUGGUUGUACUUCUCUGAGUCUUGACAGUAAUCCUGCAGAGAAGAAGUAGAAAGAACAUUUUAUCUUUUACCAAAAGCAUAUUCUGAAGGCACAUGUAUGAAGUUCAAGGUUACCUGAUCAGCAUGCAUCUUCUUUACAAAUGUCUUGAAUAUAUUGAAAUUCGUUUCUUGUAGGAGUUCAUCCACCAGACGAAGGCAGGUGUUGAUAAAUUUCUAGUUCUUACCUGCUGAACGAGUUCUUGAGGUGCACAUUUGGCAUCGGCACUUUGUUCAGAGUUCUUCAUCUCUAAACAUGUGUAAUUCAAAAUGGCAUGGUGCCUUGACAGCAUCCUUGCUAUAGGUCGGUACCCAUCUCUAUCCUUCAGGUUAUAGUAUCCUGCGGUAAGCUCCGCAGCAUGAUUAUCAGUUUCAUACCACCAGUGGAUUCCGGAGACCUGUUUUGAUGUUCAAGCAUGAAAUUUUAAUAAUAGUAAUAAUGGGUGAAUGAUGGUAAAUGCUGCUCUUAUGAAUUUUCUGAUGGUAAAUGCUGCUCGUAUGAAUUUUCUUACUUUUGCUGCUAGCUUUAAUUUACAGCCCAGGAAAACUUUGUUGGCUUCAUCCAGGAUCUGAUCACCAUGGCUCAGUAAUUUGUUAGAGUACCAAGUCAAAAAGAACUUCCCUUUCUCAGUAAGGGAGCAUCACAAAGAUUGGCACAUAAUUUGCAAGCAUCUUCUCGUUGAAUGUGAGUGUAGGUGCAUCCUGCAUUUGUAAAGAAAGAGGUUGUAUGCUUGAUAUAUCUGUAAGGAUGGAAGUCGGAAUUGAUGCCACAGCUCGAGGACUUACAAUGAACGUGGAAGCACUCUUAUUUGAUCUUUGCCUCCAUUCUUUGUUUGUUGCUUCUGCACUUCCAAGUAGAUUUUGAAAUGGAACAUCUCUGCAUAAGUACCUUCCAUGAUGAAGCUUAGUUUUCGCUCCCAGAGUACCUGGAGUUGUGCUUGCCAUGGUGACCUUACAGUGGCUUAUCUCCCUUCUUGCUUAUGGUCACUGUCAAGGUGUUUUAAGCCUCUGGAAGUGGCGUGUGUAUAUAUGCUUAUGGGAGUCAUCUUACUAGAAACCUCUGGUUCACUGGUUGGCAAGGCAAAGAGAAAGCAGUGGAUACAAAACGGGCAGACCAAAGCAACUCCACAUUGUUUUUUAGCCAUGCUUAUUAUGAUUAUUGUCUUCUUUCAAGUUUGAAGUCGUUUUCUUCACUAUUUUUUGUGGACUGUAACGCUUAUCGAUCUGCUGAAGGACAAGAACAAGAAAUGCAACCAGAGAAAAAGGUGUGUAUUCAAAACCGUCAAAAAAAGGAAAUUUUCUAUUUGCAUUCUUCGUUAAAGGGCUAAUUUGCAUUCUC